CUGCCAGUUACCUGUAUGUUAGCUCUUUGGUCUGUAUUCUGUGUGUUUCAGGGAGCCAGAGAAGAGAGUCUGCAUCUCCUACGGCGUUUCUAUAAGGGGGAGGAGAUCUUCCUGGACAUGUUCGAAGAUGAGUACAGGAGCAUGACGAGUAAGCCCCUGAACGUGGAGUACCUCAUGAUGGAUGCGUCCGUUCUACUUCCUCCUACUGGUACUCCUCUGACUGGAAUAGACUUCGUUAAGAGACUGCCCUGUGGAGGAGUAGAGAAGACCAGACGGGCCAUCCGUGUGUUCUUCAUGCUGAGAUCACUAUCUCUUCAGCUGCAGGGAGAACCAGAGACGCAGCUUCCUCUCACUCGCUCUGAAGACCUCAUCAAGACCGACGAUGUUCUGGACCUAAAUAACAGUGAUCUGAUAGCCUGUAUGGUGGUCAGUAAGGAAGGAGGUCAGGCUCAAAGGUUCCUGGCGGUGGAUGUUUACCAGAUGAGUCUGGUUGAACCUGAAACUAAACGGUUGGGCUGGGGAGUGGUCAAGUUCGCUGGUCUGUUACAGGACAUGCAGGUGUCUGGGGUAGAGGAUGACAGCAGAGCUUUAAACAUUAUCAUCCACAAACCCUCGUCCAACCCCCACGCCAAGCCCCUCCCCAUCCUGCAGGCAAACUUCAUAUUCGCCGACCACAUCCGCUGCAUCAUCGCUAAGCAACGCCUGGCCAAGGGCAGGAUACAGGCCAGACGCAUGAAGACACAGAGGAUAGCAGGUAGAGAGACAGAGGAUAGCAGGUAGAGAGACAGAGGAUAG